CCACCGGAACCGGAACCGGAGACAGGGCGGCCCCGCGCAGUGCAUUGUGGGAGGAGGAGGCUGGGGACCCCGGUGCUGCUGGUUGCAGGCGAGCGGAGUCCCGCAGGUGAGGAUGACAAGACUGUGUUAUAGUAUGUGUAGGACUACUUGGACUCUUAGGAAAGAAAGACUCUUUGUGCGCUCCUUGGCGUUGCGCCCUAGGGUGGUCCUGGGGAUAGAGACCAGCUGUGACGAUACCGGGGCCGCCGUUGUUGAUGAAAAUGGCAAAAUACUUGGAGAAUCCCUCUUCUCGCAGAAAGAUGUGCACUUAAAGACAGGCGGCAUAAUACCGACGGUGGCCCAGCAGCUACACAGAGACAAUAUAGACAGAGUGGUGAACGCCGCGGUCCUGUCCAGCGGGCUGUGCCUCAGUGAGCUGUCCGCCGUUGCCACUACAGUGAUGCCUGGACUUGCGCUGAGCCUCGGAGUAGGCCUCUCGUACAGUCUGAACUUGGUGAGAGAGCAUAAUAAGCCGCUGAUCCCGAUCCACCACAUGGAGGCUCACGCACUGACCAUCCGUCUACUGCACCCAGUGAACUUCCCAUACUUGGUCCUCUUAAUUUCAGGAGGUCACUGCAUCUUGGCUGUGGUGAAUAGUGUGGUGGACUUUCUGCUGCUCGGCCAGUCACAUGACAGCGCUCCGGGUGAUGUUCUGGACAAGGUGGCCAGGAGACUCUCGCUGGUGACACAUCCUGACUGUUCCUCUGUGAGCGGUGGACAGGCCGUAGAACACUUGGCUCAGUUUGGUGACAGAACGCUGUUUAGUAAGCUGGGAGUUCCCAUGUCACAGCACCAGGACUGCAGCUUCUCAUUCGCCGGUCUGCGCAACCACUGCGAGAUUCUUAUUCAGAAAGCGGAGGAGAAGGAAGGUAUCCACAAGGGGGAGCUGCUUUCUUGUGCUGCUGACAUUGCAGCAUCAUUUCAGCACGCGGUGGCACAUCACAUAGUAAAGAGAACCCAACGAGCAAUUCUCUUCUGCCGGCAGGAAGGCCUCUUACCGGCUACAGGCGCAUCAUUGGUUGUAUCCGGCGGAGUGGCCAGUAACGGAUACAUCCGCAGAAUGCUGCAACAUGUCACAGAUGGGAUGGACGUGUCCUUGUUGUGUCCACCGCCCAAGCUAUGCACUGACAACGGAGUGAUGAUUGCCUGGAAUGGUAUUGAGAGGCUGCGCGUGGGGACCGGAGUAUUGGAUGAGACAUGCGGCAUACGAUACCAGCCAAGGGCUCCCCUGGGGACUGACAUCUCGGAGCGAGUGCGUAAAGCUGCAAUACAGUUACCGUCACUCAGAUACAAGAAGUGAGUCUCACCAGAGAAGAUACCGGUGCGGAAAUCAGGGCGCAGGAGAGCGACCAGCGCUGAGGAUCGGCGUCAGAUGGGGGCGCUAGUAAGGACUCCGUGUAAGGAAAGUGUUAUGUAUGGCAGAAUAUAUGGCUCCUUUCUCUAUACCACCUCGGCACUGAGCAGAAAGGGGACGCCAUACACAGGGAUAUUUGCCGGUAUUAUCCGGUAAUAGCCAUAUUCAUGGUGCUAACCUAUCUGCACAUAGUGUGCGCUAAUCCACACAUCCGCUAUUAGCGGUAGUCUAACAGUUACAGGGAUCGCAAUGUGUGUCAUUUGCUGGAAGUGAUUCUAUUGGCCGACAAUAAAGUGCCAUUAUAUUAUAUUACA